AUGGAGGAAGCCACUCGACGUCUUGGAUUGCCGCCCCAUUUCUUUCGCGUUUGUGGUACUCGUGUCAGUCCCCUGGAGAAACGUUGUUUUGACGAGCUAUCCAUCUAUCAACGGAUACAGGUCUUUCACGCGCUGUGCGAGAAUACACUGCGUGUAUUUGACAAUUUGAGACAUUCUUUGGACAAGGCAGCCGAUUGGGAAGCAGCACGACCAGUCACUCUGGGAAUGGAUUUGUUUGAAAAUGUUGUCUAUGUGCAUUUCCCCGGUAUGCUGGAUACAGAACACGCGACACGAUUUCGUGUGUAUCGACUAAACCGAGUGCGUUCUGAUCCGGUCGAUAUUCACGAAGAAAAUCCUAAUUCAGUUCCAAACGACAAACCCUCGCCGGAAACGACAAACCUCAAAUCAGAGGUCGAAGCCACAGGAACAGCUACAAUCUCAGCCCGUACCUCUGCAGAUAAGCCUGUGGCUCCAGAGCCCUCCGACUAUGCCUCACCUGGGUCUGUCAACUGCAGUGAGGAGACUAUGUCCGAAGUUACAGAAUCAGCUUUAUUCUCCCGACCUGCUCGGGGAAGACGACCGGCUCGGGGUAAGCGUCGUCGAACGUUCUCAAGACGUACAAAACGCGGUGGAUCCAGUCAAGCAGGGGAUGGCCCGGGCAAACCAGAGUCUGAAUUAGACCAACACAACCGCCUUGUUGCCGAAUGGGGACUGCCUGUCCCCGGUCCCGUCGGUCGGCUUCCUAACUGGUUGGACCCAUCUUUAUCACGAUCAGUCUGUCGCCGUUGGUUUGGGAUUGUACAGCGCAUGGAGGCCGAACGUGAGGCAAUACUUGCAUCCACUUCGACGAACGGUGAGAACGAUAAGUCUAAACCCGGACGCAAAUCAUCCAAUGCUGCUGCUGCCGCGGCUGCAGCUGCACGUCUGGCUAAUACGAGUCUACUGGAUGAGUUGGCAUCCUAUCCAAUUCUCUCUUUGGGUAGCGAACGCGGACGCGGUCAAGGUCGUGGUCGUGGCCGUGGUCGGGGUAGGGGUCGCGGGAGUCAUGUGGCUUCUACAAACGCAUCAAUCAGUAGCACCCCAUUCUUGGGCUUUGCUAAAGUGGACGAUGAACAAAUGGAACAGAUGCUGUUGGAAGAACCGGCUCUUCGUCAUUCUCCCUUGGCCACACUCAACGGUCUGUCACAACGAUAUCUAUCGUUGCAACUCGGACGUGGUUACGCCCUCUCGAAUCGUGGCGCUUCAAAGUCAGGCAUGGGAUCACGAACCAGUUCUGGAAUGGAUCUGGAGCUUGGCACGACGGUGGACACGGAGGGUGGCGAGAAUGAAGAACCGCGUUCGCCAUCCUCAUCUUCAUCCCCAUCGUCAUCCAGAUCCGGUUCAGCUUCAGCACGCUCUUCUCGGGCAACGAGUCCGAUCCGCGAAUCAGACCAGCGAUUUCCAUCCAAGCACCGCCACCACCAACACCAGUCAGGUGAUGACGAUAAUUCAUCGACAGACGGACCAGAUUCGACCAAGGAACCUGAUGCGCCCUGUAGUAAACAAGAUUCCCAAAGUCCACAACCAAAAUGCGGUAAUUCGCCGGCAGAGUCGACCAACAAAUCGGAAUCUUCCAAUCCUUUAAAAAAACAGUCGGAACAAUGCAUCGAUUUUGAAGUGGGUAAGAAAGAGGACAUGUCUGGGGAUAGGUCAUCCGGCGGGAGCGUUUCGGGUGCACCGGACAAUCGAAGAACGGAACACCCCUUCAACGUAAAUGAUGUUCCAGUCAAGCUGCAAACCUCCGUCGAUCAUGAUGAUAAUGCCGAAUGUGGUACAGCCCAGAACGAAAAUAUAUUAGUAUUGGUGAAACAUAACGAAAACCCAGAUGCAGAGGAGUCUACCUCCAUGGCAUCGGCAAAGUGUGAGCAAGCGGCACAAGAAAAACACGCCGACGUGAAGGAGGACGAGGAUGACUUACAAAAGUCAAAAUUGAGCGAUUCGAGUGGGAUGGAAGAGAAGUCCACAUCGGGAAACGAAACAAGCACGGAUGAACCGGAAGAAUGCCUGAUUACGGAACCCGACAAAAAUGCAUUCAUGCUUGUGACUCGGGACAAGUCCCAGUUGGACGCGUUGAUUCAGCGUUUGCAGGCUUUCCUACGGGCCGCUGAGAACAAAGCAGUUUCGCUAGAUUCUCGCACACGAGUCGACCACUCGGCUAUGUCCGAUCAACCUCUAUCAACCGACCACCAAUCGGAACCGGUUGUCGGAUCGCCUUACUCAGUUGGGACAUCUCCUAGUGAUAGCGAUUCCUCACUGUCUUCCCUCUCAUCCCAACUGUCCGGGGUUUCUUCAUUAGAUACCAGCUGCACUGUCAAGCGAAAACGUCGAGCCAGAUCAAAAAAAGCGCCCAAGGUGAUGCAGGUAGAUCCGGUCGAUCCACGACACAAACGUUACGACACUGCGAUUGUUGCCUUGCGAGAACUGAUCACCAAUUUGGAAACGCUGUACAAGACCAACGCUCCAAUGCACACCGAAUGUGAGGAUGCGAAACAAUUGGUCCGAUUACGCUUGCGCAAGGACGUGGAAUCGUGGAAAGCGGAGGAGGAAAAGCGUUCCCGAGCCAAUGCAAACAAGCCACUCCAAUCUCCCGAACCGGACACAUCCGAUUCUAUCAUUCCCCAGCCGGAUUUGGCCAAAGAACGUGCUGAGCGCCUGCAACGUCGCGAGCAGCUUCGUAACCGAAAUCUCGAUGACUCGGACUCAGACUCUCAAAGCGGUUCAUGGACCGUCCAGGGAUCAACUAAACCCAAGUCAGACGUAGUACCAGGUCCCUUACCCGAGUUCAAUCCUAUUCGUGCCGGACCCUGGGGGUCAACUCCCAAAAUUCCCAUUCUGCGUAUUACCAAAGAUACCGACCGGUCCCAACAACAACAAAAACAGCAAUCAGCGUUGGCGCAUACCGUUAUUCCGGAACUGCACAAUCCAGCUGUUUCAUCACCUCCAAAUCCCAGAUGUCUUCCUCGUCCUCCAAAAUCCCCAUCCGUACUGCCUCCGUCCAUCGCUGAGACUACGCGCAUUCGAUACCGUCUCAUGCCCCCCAUUUACACUGUUCGACCGCCACUUCCCGCACCCACACUGGGACCCACUUGUAGUUCACCAAUGAGCAUUCCAAACGGCGCUAUUAUGUCACCCACAAUCAACAGUCAACCGCGAUUGAUAAAACCGGCUGUUAGUCCUUCACCUGCAACUACACGUAAAGUGUACCGUGUGUGCGAUUAUUUGUUCACAGAUGAUGCAAUGCCUGUCCGACUCGAAGCGAACGGUACGUUGCAUCCCGUUCCGGUCGAAUCUGUACCUGCCAACUUGCGGCAAGUAGCAAAGCAAAUGAUUGCCCGAUACAAACAGCAAGUACAACAAAAACAACAGCAGCAACCGCAACAACCACAACAGCAAGCCCAGCCAACCGAAUCCCCAACCCAGACACCGAAACAGUCCUCACCCCAGAGCACUUCCGUGUCGACCUCGAGCACUUCGCAAAAGUGUGUUGCAGUUACAAUGGGACAAUCCACACCCUAA